UGGCCGACGAAGCGAGCGUUUACUCAACGUCGCUGUCGACGCCCUGCUCGACGUCCCCCUACCGGGAGCCAGACUCUUCCGGGGCGCGCCCGCACGACCUGUCCAGGAUGACGUCAUCGACGACCGCGUCUCCCGUCACCGAAGUCCUCCGCGGCGCGCCGUUGUCCUCGCCGCUGUCCGCGUCGUCUUCCUGUCCGUCCUCCUCGCCGUCCAUCUCGACGACGUCGCCCCCCGCCUCGUCGUGCUCGUCCGCGUCUUCCGGCGUGCCGUCUUUAGUCACGCUUCCGCCCCCGCCUCUUCCGAGACCUCCCGGUCGCGCGCUGAGGACCCCGAAGUGCGCCCGCUGCCGCAACCACGGCGUCGUCUCCUGCCUCAAGGGUCACAAGAGGAGCUGUCGCUGGAAGGACUGCCGCUGUCCCAACUGCCUCCUGGUGGUCGAACGUCAGAGGGUCAUGGCGGCGCAGGUGGCGCUUCGCAGGCAACAAGCCGCCAGCCACGGAAAGGCCAUCUCGGCGACUCUCGACAGGGCGAGAACCGCCGAGGCCGCGCUCCGUCGUAAGCAGGCUCACCAGAGGAGACUGCAGACCAUCCACAAGUCAGCCCUGGCGUCGGCAAUGACGCCGGAGGCCAGCGUUUGCCAAGGCCCCUUCUGCCCAUUCGUGAGCACCGAGCAACUACGCCUACAGGAGCGCAUGCGCAGGAGGCGGUGUUUCGCCGACCAGGAGCUGAUACAAGCUCUAGCUGCACUGGCUCAACAACACCAGCAGGCAACGCCAUUCGUCGCCCCUGGGCCGCUGCCGAAUGCGUUGCCUCCGGGACUCCAGCCCAUUACACCGCCGCCUCCGCCGCACACACCGGAAGAGGCCCUGCUACGUCACCACUUUCGGUUGCUCAGCUUCGCGCGACACACGGUGCCCGCUCCAGGAAACUUCCGGAGUGGAGUCGCGGCGAUCGACUCAAGCCUUCCCUACGGCAGUGGGUGA